AUGGAAGCGUGCAACUGGAAACUCAUGAUUGCCAGAGCUUUGUACCUUUCUUCAUUCUGCUUUCCUUUGUCUAAUCGAAUCUUCAUUACCCAAUUUAUACCUAGAGAAAAAAGCACCAAUUCCACCGAGUUGAUGAUGGAAUUAUUGCCGUCGAUGUUUCUUCUUCUGUCUCUAAUUCCGGCUGCAUAUCUUCUCCACAAGCUUACCCUGAGAAAGGAGUCCAACACUGUAACAACCAAGUUUGGGGUUGGAGAACCAAAGCCUUUACCAGGUACCAUGGGCUGGCCUCUAAUUGGAAAGACUUUUGAGUACAUUUCCAAACGUCGACGAGGUCUCACAUAUGAGUUUCUAAAAGAAAGGUGGAAUAAGUAUUCGUCCUCCAUUUUCAAGACUUCAUUGAUUGGAGAGACCGUGGUGAUCUUUUCUGGUGCCGAAGGGACCAAGUUUCUGUUCUCGAACGAUAAGAGGUUGGUCCAUGUUUGGCGGCGGAGUACCAUAAAGAAAAUAUUUCCCAAGAUGGAGAAGCCUUCCAGUGAGCACUCACGCACACUGCGUAAACUUCUUCGAUCGAUUCUAAAGAUAGAUGUGCGUCGAGAAUACAUUGGAUUCAUAGAUGAGGCAACCAAAAAUCAUUUGCAGGCAUAUUGGAACUGCAAACAAGUGAGCCUUAGCGAUACUGCAGCGAUAUACUUGUUCAAUUUGUCCUGUAAUAUAAUCUCGGGCAUCAAAGAUCCAAGAAAAUUUGAGAAAAUUCAAAAGGAUAUGCAGGACAUAGACAACGGUUUGCGAUCAAUGCCCAUAAACCUGUCAGGAACGGCUCUGAAUCGUGCCAUCAAAGCGGCCAGGCAUAUUCAGAAAGAGCUUGAGGAAACAAUCAGGCAAAGAAGGAUUGAUCUUUCAGGACAUGAUUCAUCUUCAGUGAUGGACAUCAUGUGGCAUUUGAUCCUGGCAACAGAUGAAAAGGAUCAGUCAUUUUUCGACGAGGACAUUGCAAGCAAUUUGGCAUCUUUUUUACUGGGAAGCUACUCAACCAUGCAAAGCACUAUCACUAGCAUCAUGACUGUCCUUAAAGGGUCCGGUAGUUUUAGAGAGGCUAUGACCGACUUCAUCUAUGAAGGAUAUUUAAUUCCAAAGGGUUCCAAGAUUCACUGGACUUCUGAUGCCACACACAAGAACCCAAAUUACUUUCCAAACCUUGGGAAUUUGGAUCCAUCAAGAUUUCUAAAGGACGAGGUAACCCCUUAUGCAUUUAUUCCAUUCGGCGGAGGGCCACGAAUGUGUCCUGGAAAUGAGAAUGCAUGA